AUGGGUAGGAGUUUUGUAGGUGCAGUAUUGAUCACCUUUCUAGUACUGUUGCAACAUCCUAUAGCUUGUGUAGCUACUAAACGAAAGACGGUAACAAUUUUAAGCAUCGAUGGAGGUGGCAUUAGAGGCAUUAUUCCUGGCACUAUUCUUGCAUUCCUUGAAUCUAAACUUCAGGAACUUGAUGGACCGAAUGCAAGAAUUGCAGAUUAUUUUGAUGUGGUAGCUGGUACAAGUACAGGUGGACUUGUAACCACAAUGCUCACAGCUCCAAACAAGGAUAAUCGCCCUUUAUAUGCUGCAAAAGACAUUAACAACUUCUACAUGGAACACGGCCCUAAAAUCUUUCCUCAGAGCAGCCGCAACAACUUCAUGAAGAAGAUGUUAAAUUUAUUUGGUGGACCAAAGUAUGAUGGCAAAUACCUGAGAUCGUUGGUUAAGUCGGAACUAGGCAAUCUGACUAUGAAGCAAACAUUGACUCAUACACUUAUUCCAACUUUUGAUAUCAAACGCCUUCAACCCAUCAUUUUCACUACUACUGAUGCCAGAGCAAGUGUGUCUAAGAAUGCACGCCUAUCAGACGUUUCUCUUGGUACUUCAGCAGCACCCACUUAUUUCCCUGUACGUUAUUUUGAGACUAAGGAUGGUCAAGGCAAAAUACGUACAUUUGAUCUUGUUGAUGGAGGUGUAGCUGCAAAUAAUCCUACUCUACUAGCAAUUACUCACAUUUCAAGAGAAAUCAUGACGAGAAGACUGAAAUAUGAGGAUAUGAAAACCGUGGACUGCAAGAAAAUGCUGGUUCUGUCACUUGGCGCUGGCACAGGCAAGAAUAAAGAAAAGUACAAUGCUGCAACAGCUUCAAAAUGGGGCCUUCUUAGUUGGAUGUACAAUCAUGGUGCCACUCCAUUGCUAGACAUUUUUACUGAUGCAAUUACUGAUAUUGUGGAUAUACAUGUUUCAACCAUGUUUCAGUCCAUUCACAACCAGAAGAAUUACCUCAGAAUUCAGAAUGAUAGUAUGAUCGGGGAGGCGGCAUCAGUGGAUAUUUCAACCAUAGAAAACAUGCAGACACUUGUGCAGACUGGUAAAGAUCUACUGAAGAAGCCUGUGUCAAGGGUCAACUUGGAGACGGGCCGUGUUGAAGCAGUUCGUGGGGAAGGCACCAACGAAGAAGCUCUUACUCGCUUUGCGAAGUUGCUUUCAGAGGAAAGAAAGUUUCGACGAUUAGGGACAGCUUAG